CUAAUGAAAAUAAGUUAGUACUUCAAAAGUAUAAGUGUUUAAAAUAUAUCAUACAUUUACGCGCUAGAAUGAUAUCUAAAAGCAAGGAUUAAAACAUUUUAUUGUUUUUUUAGAAGCUCAGUUAAUUUAGUGACGUUUAACUAGGCUAAUUUGAUGUACGCCUAUUGUAACCUAACUUUUUGUAAUCUCAUAGGACUAUCAUAGUGUUGUUUAAUUUUUUAUUUGAAAUAAUAGUUUAAGUCAGACUAAACGAACUAUUCUGAUGUUGGAGGGAAUAUGAAAGUCACCAUCAAAAGGUGGACUGGAGUGGCCAUAUGGCGGUGGGUUGCUAACGACGACACAUGCGGCAUUUGUAGAUUAGCUUUUGACGGAUGCUGUCCUGACUGUAAAUUGCCUGGAGAUGAUUGCCCAUUAGUUUGGGGCCAGUGUUCUCAUUGUUUCCAUAUCCACUGUAUUAUGAAGUGGCUCAACUCACAACAAGUACAUCACCAGUGUCCCAUGUGCCGCCAGGAGUGGAAGUUCAAGGAAUAAUUUUGCGGCAGUCCGCCUCCCCGUCCGCGGCCCAGCAUGUCCUCACUGCAAGGACUUCCUCCACUACCUAAGAGCCUCAGUGGUAUCAACCUGAUGGACAGUGUUAAAGUGUCUACCCCCGUG